AUGUCCCUAAAUGCUACAUUUUCUCCGACGAAUUCCACACCGCCCAACACAACCUGGGAUUUCUCUCCCAUCUACAGUUUAUGCACCAUCUUCCUCACUGUCAUCGGCAACGGUUUCAUUCUCUUCCUGUACAUCCGCUCCAGCAAACUGCACGGUCCCUUCGCCGUCUACGUCAUCAACCUUUUAAUCGCUAAUAUGUUAUGCAGCCUCAUCCAGACCCCGCUGGAUCUCUACGUCCGGUUGAUCCGCCACCACUCCUUCCCGGCGCUGUUCUGCUCCUUCCACGUCUACUUCAAUUAUGCCCUGACCACCACCAUCCCCGUGGCGCACGUCCUUAUCACCCUUAACCGGGUGUGGGCCAUCGCUGCACCUUUAUCCUACCGGCGGCAUCACUCAUAUAAAAUGGCAGCCGGGAUUUGCGUUGGGAUGUGGGUUUUCCUCAACGCCUACAUUGUCCCGUGUGUCGUCAUUGAUGGUGUGUAUUACCGGACGGUCUUUGAUAAUGUCCACUGCACGGCCAAUCAGGAUUGGUCAUACUGGGUGCAAGGAUGCCGCGCCAUGUUCUACAUCGGUACCGAAGUCAUCAUUGUAGCUGUGUAUCCAUAUUUCCUGUACAAGUGGCGCCAACGCUGCCGGAUACGGGGAAAGAUCACGGUGGUGCAGAGCGCCAGUGAAUCGGUGAAAAAUGCCGGCGAGGUGUCGGAGCAGACGGCUGCCUCGCGGGCUUCGGCGCGGUCGUUCCUCGUGCUGACAUUGUUGACUGCCAAUGUGGUAGUAUGCUGGACACCGAUGAAUGUGUAUUUUCUAUCUAAUCGCUACAUUGUUAAUGGAGAAUUCUACAAAUUUGCCAAACUGAUCAAGCUGACGUUUUCCGCUGUGGAUCCGCUCUUGUUCGCUAUAGCAAUUAAGGAUCUCCGAGAGGCAUGCCGGGAUCUCUUUCAAUGUUCUCGUUUGUAG